GUAACUCCCGCGCCCCUGCACGCCCAACACCAUUUGUCUUGGAGUAUUUAAAAUGGGUUUAUUCCAGGAUUAACGUGUGUGUGUUUUUCUCUGAUCAGUUUGUGUUGAUACCUUGUGCUACUAAAGUCCAGAAAUUUUCUUUGAGCGCGAGAUGAGGGUCGUGGAGCAAAGACUGUGCUGACAUGUAACAAGAGAGCACCUGAAAGUUAUUCCUUGAAUGAACAACGCUAAGACUACAAUGCAAGGCACCAACGACCUUUCGGUUAAUACACUCCCGGUCCAGGAUCCCUUGAGGUGAGGCGAGGUUAUGGUGGUGAUGGUGAUGGUGGUACAGCAGCGCGAUGGCACGAUGGCAGCGAUGGGCUGGCGGCCGGCGUGGUGCGCCACACUUUCCUUUCUGCUAGUAUUACUAUUGGGUCAAGGGGCAUGGACCCAGCACCCCGGGGACCACGCCGGAGCUCUGGAGGAGGAUUACACCUUGCUGACAUACGACUACCCGGCAGAGGGUUUAGAUUAUUACGAGUACAUGGACUAUUACGGGCCGUUUACGCCUAACUUAGCCAACACUACACUGCGUAAGUGCCGCUGCCAGGUGGAUCAGGUGUGGGGCGACGACCACUGCCAGGAAGCCACCACCUACGUCAAUGUCAUUGACUUGUGGGCGAAGCACCACGUCCCGGCCAACGCCAGUGACUUUGGUGAAGUGGAGGUGGGCGAGGUGAUAUGCCCCAAGGGACACGUCAAAGUGGUUUUGGACCACAACAGUGGACUCCGUGAUGCCUUCUUCCUGCUUGAGAACGGUGGACUAUUCUGGCGCGAUGACACCUUCCCCGAUUAUUGCAUUGAACACAUUCUGGACACCAGUGGGAAACCCACGUCAAUGGAAGCACACAUUUGCCUGCCGCCCCCACCUGUGUCCCUGUGCUGCCCACCGGGACACGCCUUGCUCCGUAACGGCACAUGCUACCCAGACGCCGCCGCCGUAGACGUGCCGCUGUCCAUGGAGGUGGAGGGGCAGCACGUCACAUGGGUCAUUGAGAGUGAGGGCGUGGUAACCAACAUCUCGUGUGGUUCCGAGGACACCUACUACAAGAGGCUGACGGAGGCUAACGUGACUCUGGUGUACCACCCGCGGGGCGUCGUGCUGCAGUGGCUGCCGCCGACCCAACAUAACCGCCCUAGGGACAGACAUCAGUACUGUCUGGGAGUAGAAGUUGGGGCGCACGGCCAAGUCGCGCAGUAUUCCACACUGUUCUGCUACACGGACAUGAUCGCCGCGUACCACGAAGCGUGCCACAAUGCCACCUGCAUCAGGAAGUGUUGUCCGGAGCACACCAUCAUGCAUGGCGUGGAAUGCAUCCCUGUACACGACCCCAGUAAAAUGUGGACCCCAAAAUUCCACGAGCGGGAGUCCCUCAGCCCUGUGGCAUCAUCUCCUGAGGACUUGACCAUCGUUCAUGGGUUGCCGUUCUGUGAAUCGUUCUUCAAAAUGCGGCCUGACGAGACGGAGGAUGACCGCUACUACCUGAUGGAGGACGGCACUGUGCACGCCCCAUCUUUCUCAGGUUUUUCUUACUCCGCCAUGCAGUACUGCAUCGACAACUUCAUCGCCGACCACCCGCUGCAGGAGCACGCGCUGCUCUGCUUCAUAGACAAGACAGGAUGCAACAGUGUGCAGUCCAUGGCAAUCCCCGCACUACUGGCCGUGUCCUGCGUGUUCCUGGCCAUCACACUGCUGGUGUACGUGAGUGUGCCCGAGCUCCACGCAAAGGUGCAUGGCAAGUGUUUAGUGUCGCACGUAACGGCGCUGCUGCUGGCGUACCUCUGCCUCAUCAUUGUGCAGUGGUCAGCAGGACGACUUCCCGGCGCCGCCUGCAAGAUUAUGGCUUCCCUCAUCCACGUCAGCUUCCUCGCCGCCUUCUUCUGGCUCAACGUGAUGUGCUUCGACAUCUGGUGGACGCUCAAGUCGAUGCGGCCCGUGGCGGAGACUGGAGAGCUGUCACGUCUACGCUUCAAGAUGUACUCCAUCUACUCCUGGGGUUGCCCGCUCUUCAUCAGCUUCGUCGCCAUCAUUGUGGACUCUUUGCCAGAGGACUUUGAUGUCAUCCGCCCAGGGUUUGGUGAAAAGAAGUGCUGGUUUGGGGACAACCAGCCUCUUUGGGCGUAUUUCUACGGGUUUGUGCUCACGCUGGUAGUGGCCAACAUUCUGCUGUUCUGCCAGGUGGCCUACAUUCUCAUCAUGGCCCAAAAUGACCCUAUCCUGCAGAGAACCCGCCAGCAAAACAGAGAGAGGAUGUGGCUGUACAUCAAGCUUUUCGUGGUGAUGGGCCUCACCUGGAUCACGGAAGUCAUCUCGUGGCAGGAAGGAAGCUGCGAGCCGUGGAUCAUUUCAGACGUCAUCAAUGCUCUCCAAGGUUUCUCCAUCUUUCUUAUCUUCAUCUGCAAACGUAACAUGCUGAAAAGAAUUCGCAAUAACUGGGAGCCAUACCUGCGGCGGAUGAAGGUGUUCGUCGGCUCCUCGCGCCAGCCUGAUUCAGUGAAAGGAAAGGGUGCCCAGGACACCUCAUCCUUCACCUCAUCCGUCAACCGCCCCAGCAGCCAAUCUGGAGCCUCGCAACGUACCGUGCAGAGCCAGAUUUCUCUAGACACCAGCUCCGCUUUCAGGAAGCUAUCCACGUCCUCCUUGGUGUCCACGACGGGCGUGCAGAUUCACAGCUCCAAUUCUCUGUGCAUGGACACCAUCACCGAGGCCGCGGCAUCAGAGACCGAGGAGAUGAAUCAUGAGGAACAUUCUUUUGCUUCUGGUGACACACAGCUUACAUCACCUGGGAGAAAGGUGUCUCAUGGUGAAUAUAAGGAAGACAUAGAGGUUCAUGAAAAAUCAAAGGGACUCGCUUCUGUGGCUGUGAAGACCGAGGCUGGCAAGGAGGAUGAAGGCUCCGGUGGCGAGGAAGUCGUGCGGGACACUCCCACAGCGGACUGCACGCAGGCCAGCAAAAGUAGUGUGCAUGGUGACAUCGAUAGUGUAACAACACCCCAGGAGCAUUACAAUCGAGCCUACAUCGCCGAGGAACUGGAAGAGCAGCCCGUGCAGGUGUAGCACGUGUGACAUUCACCUGGUUUCCAUUCUCCUGCAUGGCAUGGUGACCAGACUCCAUACACGUGUGUGUGUGUGUGUGUGUGUGUGUGUGUGUGUGUGUGUGUGUGUGUGUGUGUGUGUGUGUGUGUGUGUGUGUGUGUGUGUGUGUGUGUGUGUGUGUGUGUGUGUGUGUGUGUGUGUGUGUGUGUGUAGUUUAUGGGUUUAUUUAUAAAUCGUAACUAUAAUUUAUAACCAGAUGUAAUGAUGAGUGUCGCUGCCACGCAAUUUUAAAGUGAAAGACUGACACUACGCUACUGAAAACAGUGUUUGUUAAUUGUAAAGUAAAUGCAUUGUUGAGACACCGUUACAAGUCCAGUUAUAUUAUAAUCAUAUUGAUACAGCCACCUCAGCUGUUGAUAAUGCUGAAUGGAGAUGCCAUCAUGAAGGCAGCGAGAAGGAAAAGACGGAAUGUUGGCAGCAUCGUGCCAUCAUGUUCCUUCUGCCUCUUGGUGUCCUGAGGACAUUGUAGUGGCGCAGGACGUGUGGAGUAUAAGUAGAGUGAGAAGCUGUAUGGUGUUGGAACAGUGCCAUGAAAGAAGGGAAAACCUCAGUACCUUAAAGAACCCCUUCACCUCUUUCAAUCUCCCAGAGGAGGAACGCUUAGAGAAAAGAUUCACUAUUUCCAUACGUGUGUUAGAUAUUUCUAAGAUAUAAUUAUUUCCUCAGGCAACUGUGAAGACCUCUUAUAUAUUAUUUGUCGUUUUUCUUCCCUACACUUAUACAUAAAUAUUUAGACGCAA